AUGGCGCUAGUUGUCCUACAGCGGUUCUGCGAGUACGUAGCGUCAGUACGCAGACACUUAAGAGCGACAGUAAUUGCACGACGUCUAGAAAAGUGGUCUCGCAUAGAGGUGCGAGCCGUAAUUCGGUUCUUACAGGCCAAGAAUGUGGCCGCAUCCGAAAUUCACAGACAAAUCGUUGAGGUAUACGGGGACAAAGCAAUGAAUAGACAACAGGUAGCGAAAUGGUGUCGUUUUUAUCAAGCGGGCAGGGAGCAUGUGGAAAACCGCAAUAUGGAAGCGAGCGGCCGUCCAAGUUCUUCAAGGACGGAUAUCAACACGGCACGUGUUGAAGAAAUCAUCCAAAGGGAUCGACGAGUAACCGUGCGUGAGAUUGCCUCAGAGUUGGACCUGAGUUAUGGUAACGUUCAGCGUAUCGUAACCGAUGAGUUGCGAUAUUCCAAAGUUUGUGCCCGCUGGGUUCCACGUGCGUUGUCCGCGGAGCAUAAGGCCACUCGAAUGAUGUGCAGCCUCACAUUUCUUCAGCGAUACCAUUCAGACGGCCAACACUUCAUUGAUCGCAUCGUUGCCGGUGAUGAAACAAGGUUCAUAACUUCACCCCCACAUCCAAAAGAGCCACGAUGGAGUGGAAACACGCUGGAUCACCGACGAGGAAGAAGUUUAAGGUCACACCCUCUGCCGGUAAAGUGA